GCAACGUUCACUUGGAGACGAGACAACAACACUCAACAUUCGUUCAUACACAAAGCAUGAGCAUUACUUGCAUGACAUGAAUGGUUGAAAUUCAACAAACACCACCUUUCAAAUUCCAAUUCCCAUACUCACAUUUCUCCUUCACUUCUUCACUUCCCCUCCAAAAAACAAUGCUUCUUCGCCUUCCCUCACCUCCUCUCUCCUCCUCCUUCCUUUCCACUACCACACCCAAACACCUCCGAUUAUUCUCUUCCUCCUCCUCCCCUCGCCCCCGUCCUCGUCGUCGCCGCUCUCUUUUCCGAUGCGCCGCCGGAAACGACCUCGUCGAAGUCGACGCCUUCACGAAUAAGUCGGGCUACCUCUUCGAGCUCAGUAAUUCCGAUGCCAACUCCAUAGAAGACUAUGACAUCUCCAAAAUUGGCGCCAUUUACAGGCGGAGGCCGCUGAUUCUUCUUCGCCGGCUCUUCCAGACUGGUCUCACCUUUGGAAAGUGGUUCGCGUUUCGCUACAUUGAUAACCUAAUGGAGCGCUCUGACCAAAUGUUCGAGGUCAGAGCUGCAGAGCUUCGGCAAGUACUGCUGCAACUUGGACCUGCAUAUAUCAAAAUUGCUCAGGCCAUCUCAUCUCGACCUGACUUGAUACCACCAUCAUAUUUGGAUGAGCUCUCACUGUUGCAAGAUCGAAUAUCUCCAUUUUCUACAGAAGUUGCUAUAAAUACAAUAGAACAAGAACUAGGUUUACCAAUAGAAGAGCUUUUUUCAGAGAUCUCACUCGAACCUGUAGCUGCGGCUUCCCUUGGACAGGUUUAUCAAGCUAGGCUUCGUCGUACAGGACAGGUUGUUGCAGUCAAAGUGCAAAGGCCCGGAGUACAAGCUGCUAUUUCCUUAGACAUAUUGAUCUUGCGUUUCCUAGCAGGUCUACUUAGGAGAAUAAGAAAAUUAAACACUGAUCUUCAGGCAGUUGUUGAUGAAUGGGCAUCAAGUCUCUUUCGGGAGAUGGACUACAGGACAGAAGCAAAUAAUGGUCUCAAAUUCAGAAAGCUAUAUGGUGGUAUACCUGAUGUUUUGGUUCCAGAAAUGUAUCUGGAUUACACAACUCGUAGGGUGCUUGUGAUGGAAUGGGUGGAGGGGCAGAAGCUGUCAGAAGUAAAUGAUCUUUACAUGGUUGAGGUUGGGACUUACUGCUCAUUCAAUCAACUUCUGGAAUAUGGAUUCUAUCAUGCAGAUCCACACCCUGGAAACCUUCUUCGUACAUAUGAUGGGAAACUUGCCUAUUUAGAUUUUGGUAUGAUGGGUGAAUUUAAACAAGAACUCCGCAAUGGAUUCAUUGAAGCUUGCCUCCAUCUUGUAAACCGUGAUUUUGGUGCUUUGGCUAAGGACUUUGUUACUCUUGGGCUUAUUCCACCAACUGCAGACAAGGAAGCUGUUACAAAGGCUUUAACAGGUGUCUUUCAGAAUGCUGUUGCCAAAGGAGUGCGAAAUAUUAGCUUUGGAGACCUCUUAGGAGAUUUAGGAACCACCAUGUACAAGUUCAAAUUCCGUAUACCUUCUUAUUUUUCUCUUGUCAUUCGAAGCCUUGCUGUAUUGGAAGGCGUCGCCAUCGGCGCCAACCCAGAUUACAAAGUUUUAGGUAGUACGUACCCAUGGAUUGCUAGAAAAGUACUAACCGAUAGCUCACCAGAGCUCAAGUCUUCCCUGCAUGCCCUUCUUUAUGAGGAAGGCAUUUUCAAAAUUGAUCGUCUAGAGUCUCUACUUUCAGAGGCCCUCCGUGCCAGAACAGAGAAGGCUUUAUUAAGAAAACAAGAAGAUGAGAGGGUAGUUAUCAAGCAAAUCCUUUCUUUCAUGUUGGCAGAGAAGGGUGCAUUUGUGAGGGAUAUACUUCUUCAAGAAUUUGCGAAGGGAUUGGAUGCACUUGGGCUGGCAACCUUGGAUUCUAUUACUACUCUGGCAACUGCAAGCAUACCGUUCACUUCUACUUUUUCAUUCUCAACAAUGACCAAUGAAGACAAAAUCAACUUAAGAACACUACAUCGCCUUCUGCUGUUACUGUCAGGGCCUCAAGGAAUUGAAAACUCCAAAGCAGUAAUUAAAGAGGAUAUCCCAUACAAUAAUCAACAAAUGAACUUGGAGGAAGCAUCAUUAGUAUUCAAUCAGCUUGCAUCCAUUCAAGACAUUCUACCUAUCCUUUCUGUUAUUCCUGAGCUCCCACCAGAAUCACAGCAGCAGUUACUUAAUCUGCCAGCCGAUCUCACAGGAAGAUUAAUUUCUCGUGCUGCUGCAAGGACGAUCCGAAGGAUCAUUUUAUGAUACCCAAAUAUAAUUUCGACAGCAACCAAAGUUGCUAGCUUAUACAAGAAGCAAGAUUUUGUGCAGUCUUCUUUCUGGUUUUCCUUGGCUGUAUUGAUCAUGCCUUACAAUUGGUUCCUUUCUUUUCUCGUCUAGCUAAAACUAAUUCUAAAUUAUUUUUCAAAGCAAAAAAUAUAUAUAUAUAUAUAUAUAUAGGAAAUUAUAAAGGUAUGGAAAUAGUUUGGGUUA